UAAGAUCUGGAGAAACUUUGUUCACCUUUUUAUUCCCUAUUAAAAAAAUUAGGGUUUCAGAGAGAGAGAGAGAGAGUCUAAGAACAACAAGAAACUGACGACAAUGAACCAAGGAACUUAUUCGGAUGGUUCUACUUCCAAGUUCUUUAAAGCUUACCUUCCUGGUGAAUCCGGAGAUGAUCUGGUACUACCCAUUUCUUUCAACAGCUGUUUACAAAAAUCUUUGCCUAAAACUGUAACUGUUAGUAGUGUUAGUGGAAAGAUUUGGAAUAUGGUGUUGAGGAAACGUGGUGGUGACUAUGAGGCUGAGAGAUUUGUUAUGGUUAAUGGUUGGAAGAAGAUUGUUAAGGACGAAGAUCUGAAUGGCGGAGAUCUAUUGGAAUUUGAGUUUGAUGGCUCUCGUUGUUUCAAUUUUUGUAUCUAUGAGCAUGAGACAGCGUGUAAAAGGAUUAAGAGAAGUUCAGAUCAAAACGAGGAGAUCAACAUGGAUUCUGAUGGUGAAGAAGAUACUUGGGCUAGCAAUGAUGUUACCGCUCUACAUGAUGAUGAUGAUGAUUCUGAAGAUCCUGAUUAUCAUGAUGCUGCUGUUGAGGAUUCUGAUGAUGAUAAUACUGAGGAUGAGGAUGGUGAGCAUGAGGAUGAGAAUGAUGGUAAGAACCCCCAGUUUACUGUGACACUCAAUCCAAAGAGGCAAAGCCAACUGCACAUACCGGCUCAUGUCAUAAAGGACUAUGAUUUAACCUUCCCGGAGCGUAUAAAAGUCGUGGACAAAUUGGGAUCAUUGGAGAAAGAAAUCAAGAUUCAGGUGAAUGGCUGCGUCUUUGUCAAGGGAUUUGGAAGUGUUUUCAGAAGGAACAAAAUGAAGACGACUGAUAAAAUGAUAUGCGAGGUUAAGAAGACUGGGACUAAUCUGGUUCACACCAUCAAGGUCAACAUUAUCAGCGGAUGAUCUCUUCACUGAGCUUUUAUGAGUCUUAUCUGUCGUAGCUGUGACUUGGUUUUAUCGGGUUACUAAAUGCUAAAACGCUAUCUUAGGAUUUGGUAUAUAACUAAGGAUUUGCUCGUGAGAGAUGUUUUAAAGUUAAAUUAAGAUACUUUCUAUAAUGAGUUCCUGAAUCUCA